CAUAACACUGCAAUAUGAAGACGCGCUCAUAUGACCGCCACCCGUCUCCAUCCCUGGGCAAUACACAGGUGCUGUAAACUGGGGCAAGAGGCAAGCAUGGGGAAUAAAAGGAGGAGGAAGGAUGCCAGCUGAGCCCCUCGUCCCUCUGCAUCUGCCACCUCUGCCAGCUUCAGACUAAAGAGAGACAGAAAAUGGCUCAGUCUGUGAGGAGGCCGGAGACUUUAGGAGCCAUGGACCACGAGCCUAAGAGGGACAAGAGCAGGAGCAGCUACUUUGGCAACGUCAAGAGCAGGCUGGGUUCCAAGCUUCCUCCUGGCGUCUCUCAGCCUCCACAGUUCGCUAAGCGACCCUGGGAGACACAGCCUCAGGCCUGUGUGAUGCAGGAGUCCACAGCCGGCAGCCAGCGUCAGCACCAGCCCAUUGUGGGCCGCCCUCUCAACCACAUCCCCCACAUCAGAAACCCCAAGCUGCGACAGUACUACCUGCAAGGGACUUCAUGGGAUCUGAACAAUACUGCAGUGAAGCAAGACCAUAUGGGUGGAAUGUCAGGCGACAGCAUAAGCAGCUCGGGUCUCCCUGGGGACACUGUGUUCAGUGUCUCAUCUCAGUUCAGCAGUAAUGGUACAUCCUCGGCAGAAGAGAGCAAAAUGGGCUCUCGUUCCUCCCAUACCUCUUCAAAUGUAUUCUCCUCAUCUGCGGCCCUCAUCCCCAGAGAGCAGCUGGUUGUACCGAAGGGAAAAAGCACUUCUACUGGUCAAGGAUCAUCUCAACCAGAGCUGAACUCCGACUCUGAUCCUAAAGAGAGGCCAAAGGCAGAGGUGGACCGAGACUGUUUGGAUACACUCCCUGCUCCACCACACUCCCCUUCACCAGAGGCAGAAUAUGACAAACUACUGGAUGUGGAGGCGGUCCCGUUGCCGGAUGGACAGCUCUGCUUGUUGGCUCUCCCACCAGAGUGCUGUCAGGGGGAGGGACCAGAGGCCAUGCCGUACCUCAAACUGUUCUGCCGCUACAUCACUGACCGCAAGGGUGUAGUUUCCGGGAUCCUGUUGGUGACUUCUAAUAAGAUCUUCUUUGACCCAUGUAAGACACUGCCUCUGGUGAAGGAACAUGGUUGUGAGGAGUACCUCCUGUCGUGUUCUGUUGACAAUCUCGCAUCUGUCUCCUUCUACUCUGACAUCUCACAUGUUCACUUCAACACCUUGCAGCAGAGGAGAAAAGGAAAGAAAAUUUUCCAGAAGUUGAAAACCACCAAAAGCCACUCAGGCGGUUUUCCAAACCACAAGGGGGAGUCAGUUCCAGGUCUAGUGUCCACAGCUUCGUCAGAUUUGUCCAAUCUGGCUCUGAGCCUCACCAAAGAGGUUUCUGGGGACGAGGAGGCAGAGAGCAGAGACUUGGCGGAGGCAGAGCGGGAGCUUGAUAGGAGCCCGCUGGAGGUGCUGUCUGAGGCGUCUGUCGGCGGCCUGGGAGUGGCUGUCCUGAGCAGUGCUGCCACCUUCUGCUGUGGAGGUCAAGAGGCGGCGGGUAAAGUGAAGACCGAGCUGCUGCACAUGAAGAGUCAAACUGCAGUGCCUCAUAGAUCAGCAGGUGGUCCUGGGAGUCUGAUGUUUGUGCGCCUGCGGGUUCAACCGUCUGCAGGAACGAAAAAGAGUCUAGGAGGUCUUCAUCUGGGGUCAACCAAAACCUUACCCCGAAGGGACGCCUGGCUCGCCCUUUCACAAGAAAGCUCUGAUGAGCUUUAUGCCUACCUAACGCACAGCCGUCCAGACUUGUGCAUACUUGAGGGAGGGGACGAGGAGGAGCGGGAGGCGGACCAUGAGGAAGAGGAGUUUGUACUAAUUGAGGACAAAGAGGAGGAAGAGGAGGAACAGGAGGAGGAGGAGGAGGUGUUCCAGAGGCACCGCAGCACAGGGGACGACUGGGAGAUGGUGUUGAUGGAAGACAGCGGGGACAAGCCAACCCUGGUCAUUGACAGGGACCCUGAAGGACUCAAUAAUAUUGUAGAGAGCAGCCACAUUUUGGAAGCCUCGCAUGUCAGAGAACUAUGUAAGGAGCUUCCCCCCAGGACAGUCGGCCACACCUGGCAACUGACUUACAGCACGUCCCGUCAUGGCGCCAGCCUCAAGUCCCUCUACAGAAAACUCAGUGCCACAGAAUCCCCCGUGCUCAUUGUCAUCAAGGAUGCACUUGAUGAGAUAUUCGGGGCCUUCCUCUCUCACCCCCUGAGGCCCAGUGAGACAUUCUACGGCACAGGAGAAACGUUUCUCUUCAUGUUGCACCCUCGCUUCAAAUGCUUCAGAUGGACUGGAGAAAACUCUUUCUUCAUUAAAGGAGACUUGGACUCCUUUGCCAUUGGUGGAGGCAGUGGUCACUUUGGCCUGUGGGUGGAUGAGAAUCUGUACCUUGGCCGCAGCAGCCCCUGCUACACUUUCAAUAACUGUUGCCUCUCAGAAACUGACGACUUCCGAGUCAUGGAGCUGGAGGUUUGGACAUUCAGCUGAGGAAGCUGGGUGAACGCUGAGUUUCUCCUUCGCUCGCCUCGUCACCGCUGAUCGGCUUUAUCAAGACAGCAUUUAUCCCUGAGCAAAAACACAAGCAGCUGCUUGCUCAUUUCAUGGUAACAUCCAUGUCAAAAGUAUUAACUACAAACUGCUGGAUUUGUCCGUGUGGUUGAGUGCUGUGGAUUUUCGUGAACUGAAAUGAACUGAACAGCCCUGCUGUCCCCAGAGUGGGAUCUGAUGGUGGAUUGUUUUGUGGUUGACUCAUUCCUCUGGGUCUGGCAACCAAACUGAGUUCUGCUGUACCGAGUAGAGCCACUGGAUUCUCUGAAUCCUCAUUUUUUUGAAUGGAGUGGGUCACAAGUGUCAGAACCUGCACUUUGCUCUUAAUGUGAAUCUUUAACUUCAGAAUAUCUCAUCAUUGUGAACAUGAUGGUAGGUACACCUGUCUUCAUAGGUAAUGCAUGUCCCCAAUUUCACAGAGCUGUGUUCAGUUAAUGCUGAACCUUUGAAGCACACUUCAGUCUAAUUUUUCCGUUAAUUUCUAUGGGUUUUUGUCCUUAGUGUCAUAGAGAGCGUAAAAUAACACUGAAAAUAAUCAUGAGAACACUUGAAGCUCCUCUUUGAGAAAAGCUUUCCAGCUGAAAAACAUCUGGACUUGCAAUGAAUCUUACUGUAAGAGCCUCAUUCAUGACUAUUCUGAACUCUUUUCAUUUUAGGCAAUGACUCAUGCACCACUGUGGUUUCUGAACGUGAAACAAAAAGCUCGAUUAUUACUGCAAAAUAAUGCAAAUUUGUCAUUCAGCUGUAACUGUAAGAUGAUCACUCCGUUACCCCGAUCUACUUCGCUUACGUUGUACAGUAUUGUAGGUUAGUUAAUAAAAAUCAGCACAAUGUGAAAAUUACAAAAAACAUUUGUUUGAUUGA